CCCGGGGAACACUUCCGGUAGCGUUUCCUGUGUUUGUAAACUGAGAAAAAUUGGAAGUGCGACAAGAAAUAUUAUUCUGCGAAACUUGGAAAGACGAAAGGCUUUGGGCCCUGAUGAUUUGGGUGGGUGUGGUCUCUUCCAGUACCUUUCAUCCUGAGUGAAGUCCCCCCUCUGUUCCCCCAAAACACACCCAUUCAACGAUGACACACCAUCCCAACAACACAGUGCGAGACCAUAUGAAAUGGGCUGGGCUGCUGGGCUGUGAGGCGGUGCUGUCCAGCAUGGCACUGAUGCAGGCCAACAACAUGACAGGCCAGAAGAAGAUGAUGUCACCACUGGGCCAGGGACACGGCCAGGCCCAGAGGAGCAGCCAGGAGAGCCUCCAGUCCCACCACAGCCAGUCCCACUCCCAUCCCCACCACCACCACCACAGUCACCAGGGCCAUGGCGGGCACCACGGGCACCAGGCGCACCACAGCCACAUGGUCCUGCCCUCAGGGGUGAGCUGCCCGCCCCUGUUAAUCCGCAAGGAUGGAGAGUUCCACUCGUCCCGGCUGCUGGAGGAAAAGGACAUGCGGGCAAGCCAGAAUAUGCAACCCAAGAAGAAGCACCGGAAAUCAGGGACGCCCAACAAAGUGAGAGAGAAAGUAGAGGCCUCACCGUGUCCGGGAACACCCCCCUGUGUGUCCCAGCAGGUGGAGAUGGACAUCGAUGGAGACAACUCCCUCAAGGUGCAGAAGAACUUCAUCUGCGAGCACUGCUACGGUGCAUUCCGAAGUAGCUACCACCUCAAGCGGCACAUGCUCACCCACACAGGUGAGAAGCCGUUUGGGUGUGACGUGUGCGACAUGCGGUUUAUCCAGCGCUAUCACCUGGACCGGCACAAGAGGGUCCACAGUGGAGAGAAGCCCUACCAGUGUGACCGCUGCCAACAAAACUUCUCGAGAACGGACCGCCUCCUGAGGCACAGGCGCCUGUGUUCGGUGGGAGGCGUGGCCAAGGAGGAGGGCCAAGCGUGCUGCGAGGGACGCUCGUACUCCCAGGACCCUCCCUCUCACACGGCCACGUGGAGCCCCCUACAGCCCCCCAGCAACCGCCUGACCGUAUGAACGUUACCCCCCCCUCCCUCCCUCCCAGGCCUCCCCCGUCCUCCCUUUAGAGAAACCCCACACUCACACAAGACGGCAGCCUGACUUGGCUUGCCGCUCAGUGCUGCCACGCGCUGGAGCACUCCAGUACUGCAGCAUCGGCCAGCCACGAGCCAGCUAAGACGUGACAAAACAAACAUUUUAAUUUGUUCUCUCACCAGCUCAUAUCCUGAGAUUGGGAUAGUGAAUUAUUUUGUACUCGUUUUAUUAUUGUUUUUUGUAAUUGUUCCAUAACGUCUUGAAUCUGGUACUGACAGAACACGGAUGUCAGAGAGGAUGGUGGGCUUAAAGUAGGCUAUGUGUCUUCUUACCAAGGCAAUAACUGAUUAACAGACACAAGAAGCCUCAUCCCCAGAGAGGUGUUGUGGACCACUUGUAAGUGAGGAUCCUCAUUGUGAGGUGGGUAGUGUGUGGUGGGAUCCACAGGCCCCCUUCCAGUUGGCUUUUCCCAUCUAUUCACCAUUGGGCAAUACUGAACAGUAACCUGGAAUGAGAACUCUGGUGUCUGCCACUUCCUAUGGACAGGAAUGUGUGAAUGGCAAUCUGAGAACACCUGAAUCUUUGUGGCCUUCGCCAGCGCCCAUCCACCAUCAAGUUGGUUUUUAAUGAGACUCUACUGAUAGCAUACUAGUUAGUUUUCCUACUUGUUUUAGUGAAUGGUUUGACAAUACUAGUUCACUAGUCAGUGAACAGAUAUAGUGACUAGCCGAUCCUGCCUUGAUGUAGUAAUGAUCAUUCGAGAAUGGGGUCAUUUGUUCUGUCGUUUGUCCACACAUCCAUCCAGCCCUACUUUUGUGUUCGCUUAAAGAAUGUUAAAGAUUAACUUAACUUUCUACACAAGAUAAGACACUGGUCGGUUAAAAAAGAAAAAGUUGUUAAACACUGGUCAGUGCCGAUGUUUACUUCUAAAACCUCUCCUUGUUGUCGUUUCAGAUAACAGACUUUGUCUUUUCAAUUAAUUUACAGUUUUGCUCCCAGAAGAUUUUUGUAUUUUAUAGUAUUAUGUUAAUUGUUUUAUUUUGUCAUGUUUUUUUCUUCUUUUUUGAGUUCUAAUUGUGUGUCAGCCUGUAUGGAAACCCUUGGUAUUGUCCCCCUCACCCUAUCACUCAGUGUUACAGUAUUCUGAUAAGCUGGUCCAAUGUCACCUAUCUGUCAUGUGUCUGUCGUCCCAUAGCGGGAGGACAAACCUGUCAGCGUGGACCCAUUCUGAGUCUGGUCUAUUAACUGGACCACGCCAUAUUCUGUCUGUUACUUUAUUCCUGGCAUCUUCAGUGAAGAUGACUAUGUUGACCUAGUGGGAAAGGAAACCCAGGGAUUCUUUCAAACCCCGUUGUGAAAGUUCUCUGUAAACACUGGAAUGACAAAGCCCAAACCUAGAGGACACUUGUCAGUUUCAACAGAUGUUCUCUGCGUAGACGGGACUGGUUUGGUAGACCAGGCGUAUUAUAGUCAGACUCUUAGUUGCAGUAUAUCAAAGCAGUUUUGGACCUUUCAGUGAGACUUCAUACAGUUUCCCUAACGCCGAUUUGAAGUUAAUAUAUAUAUAUUUUAAAGUGUAUUAGGAGUAGAGGCAGCGCUGCCACUAGUGCCCGUCUAGUAGCAGUCAUGAUUAGUUAUUUUUUUAUCAUUUGUUUUUUGCAUGCAUUUGUGAUCCCCCAGAUAACUGAAGUAAGGGAUUUUAUAUUCAUUUUGUUUUUGGUUAAGAGAGUAAGAAUGUUUUUUGAUAAAGAUAACAUUUGUUUUUGGAAAAGAAGAUCUUUGUUAUAACCGUGUUUCUAGUCCUAUCACAGGUAAAGUCCAUUUUGACCCAGUAAGGCAUAAUGUAGUUAAUGGAAAGUUAGGGCCUCAAGCUUGAAUAAAGAUGUUUCUCUUUUUAA